AUCAACUCUUAUAUUGAAUUUGUAUUGCACUAUACAUAUUUUGAGAUACUGUAUAACACAAAUUAUUCAUACCAUCAAAUGGCCAAAAGUUUGCUGAGAAGAAUGUAUUUUAUAUUAUGCCCUGAAAUAAGAAAUUAAUAGUAAAUAUUUAAAUUUGCUAUGUUAGACCAUUGUAAUUUACAGUAUAGCUCUGUAUUUGGUUUGUUUGAAGGUUCUUUAAUGGAAUGGGUUCUAAAUAUGGGUGCAAGUUGAAUUUGUAUUUACAUGUAGUAGUUUCAAGAUUGGUACUUGUAGGAAAGUCCUGGACUCUGUUAGAGAAAUUUGAUGUGUAACAUGCUUUGUUUUAUCUCUAGGUCCAUUAUCCUUCAUGUUCGCUGUGCAUACCAGUGGUAUGUUUGUUAAAUGAAUUUCGGAUGUAAAUCCCUCGAAAGGAAGAAAAUAGAACAAACAUUUUAAUGUAAUUACUCUUUAGGCAAGUACUUAAUUGGACCCCAGGUUAUUUAAUGAUGGUAUAUCACCUGCAGAUGUUAUUUGGUAUUGAGAUGAGUAAGUGCUUAUGUUUAGUGAAUUUUAAAGAAUUUAUUAUUUUGCAGUUUAUGGACUGUUUCAAACUACUGUCCCCGCUUGUUCGUGAACGCACUUCUAAAUAUCAUGAGACUUCUGAAUAGCUGGUGCCAUGGGCUGGAACUGAGACCUGGUACAUCUGAAUAGAAAUUGCAUGCUUUCUACCAACGACUUACAAGUCUGUUAACAAAAACUAUACACUUUAUUAUAUUAGGUCGACAGAGGGUAUCUGUAGAAAAGUAUUUGGCCUAAUUUUGUGCAUGAACUACAACAGUUUAUCAUGGAUAGAUAUGAUCUGGGGAACUUCUCUUAUAUUUUCAGUCUUACGUAUGAAACUAAUUUUAGAAGAUUUCCGUCUUCAUACUCACCGCUGUGAGAACCUAAAGUCUUACGAAACUAAUUUUAUUUGUAGUACAGAUUGCUUACUCAUAAACCUUACUUACCUCUGUCAAACUUUGAAGCUAUUAGUAACAGUAAGAUACUUAGAUGAACAGAAAAUGGUAUGCAACAAAGAAAUGACAAUUUUAAUUUUGCUACAAUCUGGAAAACUUAAUAAAAAUUUUAUGACCUUGUUCAUAGUGUGAUUUUUUAAUAAAGUGGAAGAACAUUGUUUCAAAACUAUAUUUAAAGAUGGAAGUCCAAGACAUGUACAUUUCAUCUAAGUUUUUGUGUGUAUGUGUGUGUGUGUGUCUUUAGAUUUUCUGAAUAAUUGUUUUAUUAUAUCUUAUUUCUAGAGAAGUAUCUAGUGUUUGAAAUGUUACAGUUUUUAUUUAAGUUAAUCUUAAAUUUUCUGUAAUUUAAUCACUGUAAAGAGUGAAGAUUUGUAUGUAAUGUUUAUCACAUAUAAUAUGUUAUACUUUUCUAGAAGGAAUUUUGCAUAAGAAACUAACAUUCUGAAUGCCAAAUAUCUUUGGUGUUUCUGAGAAAUGUAAAAUGGUAAGAUCAUUGUGAUAUAAAUUUCUGCAAUUUAGGCAUGUUUUAUACUAUAUUUCAAAAGUUACUUAAGAAAAAAUAUGUAUAUAUAUAUAUAUAUAAACUUUGACCUGGAUGGUAGACAAAAAAAGGCUAAAAAUUUUGAGACGUCACAGACAAAGUAGAUCAAGAUCAGGAUGAAAGACCCAUUUCAGUAAGAUAAACCUUUCAGUACCACCAGAAUUCACUAGAGGCCAACUUGUGCAGUUCUUUCAAACUUAGAGCUUAUAAUAAUGAAAACGAUGUUAAGGUGGAGAAUUUAAAAUUUGUUCAAUAGGAAAGAAUUAUUUGCGGUAUUACACUGCAAUCAAAUUAUGAACCACAGCUCGAAUUGUCAUAAUUUCCAGAAAACUUUUGGGGAUGUAAUGCAAGACUUCUAUAUUUUGCAGCCUUCAAGAAAUUAAUUUGUUUCAUACCAAAAGCAUAUUCUAGGUACUAAAAUUCCUUUAUUUAAUUUCAGUGAAGUGGAGUGUUUGAGUUUAUAAAAGAAACUCUAAAAUCUGCUUUGCUGAGAUGCUAAAGAUGAAUGAUUAAAAAAAACUGGCUGAGCAUUCGACACGUCAUAAUUGACGGGAAUUAAAGUUUUUUGUGCUUUAUUAUUGUACGGUUUAUUGCUACCAAUGUCACCACUUAUUUAGAACUUAAUUUAAAUUAAGUUUUGCAUUGCAUGAACAGUGCACUUGUCCAAUCAGGCGUGAUGGAUGAUGGCUAUUAUAUCGAGUAGAUUACUUUUCCAGCAUCUAAUUACAGUCUAAAGUACCAAACGUCAAAAUUAUUGUUGGCCAUGAUUUGAGAUAUCGUACUAUUCAGUGUGCCGUUUGCUUCCGUACUUUAAUCCCUUUCUCUUUGACAGAAUUUUGAUUGUGACCAUCUCACAAAGAGAACUAUAACUAGUUCAGGGGUUCUGAACCCAUGGGAUUCACUCCAGAUAUGUUAACGCAGUCUUCAUUCAAACAGAACAUUGAAGCUUUAAUUCAGACGUCUAGAUGAACUUUCUUGUGUCAUAACCUAAAGCAGUGACACUUCUUAUGAAUUGUGUUUUGUGUUGUGAUCACUUUAGUGUAGUACAAAGAUCCGACACAUGGGAACUCCUGAACUAGGUAAACAAUAUAUAUCAAUUCUAGUGAACCUUUGCAUAUCUUACAUAUUAUAUCACUUUGCUGGGUACAGAAACUUGUGAAAGAAUGUAUGAACCAAAAAAAAAUUAAAUUGUCAUAGUAGUAGAUUAAAUACUAAAAUUGUGUGCAGUGCACAUUUGUUAAUAUGUCUUUUUAAUUAAGGUGUAGUGGUGAAAAGAACUAUGACAACUUUUAUUCUUAUUUUGUUUGUUGAUGAAUAAUAGUGUAGAAUUUUUUGAAUACAUAGUUGAGUGAGAUCAGAAUAUAAAAAGAUAAUUGCCUCGCAAACUGGAAUAUUGUCACAGACUGAAAAAUACAAAAGAUACAUUUUUCUUAUAUCCUGAUUGCUAGUAAGGAGCAAUAGCGUAGUUUUCAUUGCUUUGUUUAAUAGGCUGUUUAUAUUCAUUUUCUGCUGGAACGUGUUUAAUCUUCUGUUUUACCAGUACUUUUAAUUUGUGAUUGCAAUUCAAAAUUUACAUUCAGUUACAGACAACUCUUAUAGUUAUGCCUGAGUUCAUUCUUAGGCACAGUUAAUUUGUUUUUUAGACAAAAUAUUGAUUCAUAUCUACACAGAAUAGUAGCACAGUUGACUUUCAAGAAUCAAAAACAUUCCAUUGCACCACAUCACUCCCAUCACUGACGCUGUUCCGCAUGCUUUUCUUCAGAGAACAUAGUUCAGUCCCGUUUAUAAUUACUGUGCUAAAUGCCAGUGUUAUUUACAGAUAUAUGCAUAUUUCACGCAAAUCCUAAGAAUAAAUAACAGAAAUCCGGUUCUGACUUUUUUCGUAAAUAAAUACGUAUGAUUGCAAUGUUAAUUGCGUUGUAAUAAAGAUUGUUUUGAUAUUUGAUAAAUGGGUAUUUCAGAGAGGAAUUUAGGAGCUUGUCAAGUUAUUGUGGCAUACUGAGAACUAGCUCUCUAUAAUCCACAGUCUUUGAGUUCAGUUUUUACACAGUUUUGUUAUUUUUCUGAAAAUAUAACAAGCAUGUAAAUGGCUGAUCUGUUGUAUCUAGUAAUAUGACAUUGGGACAUGUAGAGAUUUACAUUUUUCUGAUUCUAUUGGAAAUAAAACUCCUAUGUUUGUCCUUUAUGCUACUUUAAUAUCCAUUCCAUAAAUUCAGCAUGCAUUUGGCUGCUACUAUGACACACAUUUUCCUUAAUCACAUGCAGUAGUUUUAUUUUUAUGUAUGUAGUAGAAUGUGUCUCAAAUAACUGUGAAACUUCAGAGAGAGACUCCGGUUAAAAUGAUGCUGUUGUCGCACAUUAACAUUAAAAUCACUGUACAUUUAGUAGAGCCUAUGUGGAUGGAAAAAUGUUUACAGACAUUGUAAAAUAUCUUUGCAGUGAAUUACAACAGAUAGUGAAAAUUAACUAAUUCUGUGGAGUUCAGCUAGUCAAGACACUCCCUGCAUUUUAUGGAACUUGAAGGUUUGUUCACAAGAGCUCUCCUCCAUCCCCUGUCCUAAGCCAGAUGAAUCCAAUCUACAUCUCCAAUUUCCUUAAGAUUUGUUUCAUUAUUGUCCUCCCAUCUAUACCUUGGUCUUCUGAGUGGUCUUAUCCCUUCAGGCUUUUCAUCGAGAAUUUUUUAUGUAUCAUAUUCUGUGUAUGUGCUGCAUUUCGUUCUCAAUUUUUUUGCCUUAAUAAUAUUUGGUGAAAAGUACAAACUGUGGUGCACCUCGUUAUGCACUUUUCUCCAGGCUGCCAUCACUUUUUCCCCUCUUAGGUUCAAAUAUUCUACUAAGUAUUCUGUUCUUAACACCCUCACUUUGUGUUCUUACUUUAAUCUGAGUAAUUGGGUUUCACAUACAAAACAAAUAUGCAGAGUUUUAUGUCAUGUAUUUUAAUUUUUGUUUUUAGAUAGCACACAGGAAGACAAAAUAUUUUGAAAAACAUGAUCAGUUGAUUUUGCAUUCUCAAAUUUUAUUUUGUACCUUACCAUCAAGCCUGAAUCGCUUGCGUCCUGAGUGUUCUUUCAGUAGUGUAUAGCAGGGUCGCAAAUCAAGAUUUGAUAAUAAGUAGAACAUCCUAUCCCAGUUUAAUCAAUGUAUGCACAGAUUAACUGUGACUGGGGACAAACAUUGUGGGGAAAAUAAGUGUCUUUGGACAGAUGACUGGAUUACUUCUUCAUAAUUUUAGAGAGUUGUUUGGAGACUACAGUAGUUGCAAACAGUACUUGACUGGACUUGUUAAUCUACAUGAGUAAUGCUUUGUAUCAUCAAACACUGUACCCAUUACCUUAUUUUCUGAAUUUGUUCAGUAAUUCUGGUUAAGGUAAAUUUGUGUUUCUCCACUCCACAAUGAACUUUUUAGGUUAAAGUUACGGGCCAGUGUUUCAUCAGAGGUUAUGAAGUGAUAUUCACUCUGAUAUUGAUUCAGUAUAAUUUAAAUUCAACUCAAAUUGCCUUUUGCACUGGUAAGAACUGUUUCUGCACAGAUUGUGUGCUGCCUUUAUUGUAUCCCACAUUAAUUGAGUAUCAGUAUCAGCACUACUCAACUGAUGUUAAAAUUGCAAUGUUAAUUAAUAUAACUAUAUUCUUCUGUUGAACUUCAUAAGCUGAUCCACAUAUGUAAUUGGCACAUCAUGUUAUGUAUAUUCAUCAUAACUUGGUUCGAAUACAAAAGUAUGGAUACCAAUAUCAUACUAAUCAUUUUACAAAGAUAGGAAUGCAGAAAAUUUAACAGGUUUUGCAUACAUCCCAUGUAACAUUUUGGCCAAUUAUAAUCACAAGUCCUGGAAAUUUUAACACUAGAUGUUCUUCCAGAACAAUUAUUUAUGGUCAAGUUGUGCUUCUAAUAAAAGGAACUAUUGAGGACAUAACCUGCUUGUGAACUACCCAAGCUAUAAUAAAAUUAAGUUUUACCAGCAGAAAUUGAGGAAUAUCACCCAGAGUAAUCGUAUUAUUAUUUAACAUAUUUGAAACUCUAUAUUUUUUAAAUACUGCACUAACACAAUUACAUGAACUCUGUGUGAGUGAUGCAAAAAUUAUAAUUUUGUUUCUGUGUUACAAAAUAAUAGUCUUUAUUCUGAUCUCACUCAUAAACAAGAAUGUGGUAUCUGGUUAUGUAUGUAAAAAGAUAUAUUAAUGUGUAUAUUGGCACACAUUUUUUAAAUAUUAUUUUAUUAUAUUAAAUAUUUAAAUAAGAAUCAUAUAUACAGUGACAUGUUUCUUGGUUAUUUUGACAUAAAUAAAAUCAGCAUUGUGGUUUGAUAGCCAUUCAUUAUUAUUAUAUGCAUAAUAUAAUAUAUAACCUCUUUAUCAUAAGUAUAUAAGCAGUACCAUAGGAAUAUUUUUUGUGUUGCAGGUGUAAUACAUAAACAUUAUACAAGGUGUACCAUUUAAAAUGUAACCCAUUAACAUUCAUAUACUGUGGUACAAAAAUGAAAUCAGAAGCAGGCUCACCCACACAAGGUACUCAAGUCAAGGCCACCUUCGUUGCUAGGUCAUUGGUCAUACUAAUUACCCAAAAGCUGUGCAGGUGUGAAUAUUUGUACAUUCUCAAUCAUUACUUCACAUUUAAAUUGUUUCCUGAUACUUGUGAAGCAUUUAGCUAUACAUAUCCUAACAAGGAAAUACCAAAUAAAACAACUGUAUACCAACCAGUAACAAACACUUCACAAAGUUGCAUGAAAAACAUUAAAGAGUGUGGAUUCUUGUCUUCGAGAAGGUGGCGUACAUGUCAGCAUCUUCAGUUCUUGUUAACACAUUAAAACUACAGAAGUAAAAAUUCAAUUUUCUCGUUACGUUGAUGUCACAAAAAUUUACAAAUACUGUUUUAGUUAAGUUUGCAUUUUAAAUGGGUCACUGCAUUAGAAUAUUGGCCUUUCGUAUUCAAAGUGGUGUAGCAAAAAUAAUAUAUUUGUAAAUGUUACUGCAGUGUACCAUGAUGCUAUAAUUUUAUCAGGUGCUGCCAAGUCAUGAUAGCUAACAUUUUUAACAGUGGUAAUUCUGUAUAUUGCCUGAGAAAUACUUAUCAUGAUACAUGUGAUUUCAUAGCAACCCAUCUUCAUCCUUUCCUAUGUCAUGUAGCUUUUCAUAGGAAACUACCUCUGUCUAAUAUUUCUUUCAAUAUUCCUUAUCUGUGAAUUACUGAAACUAUUUUCACUUAUCUCCACGUCAUCUGCAGCCCAGAAAAUUUAUUAAACUGUCUAGUAACACAAACAAGGAGAUGCUUUGUCUCCAUUGCUCUUUGUCUUUGCGCUAGGAUAUGCCAUCAGGAAUAUCCAACAUAGGCAAGAGGGUUUGCAAUUGAAUGGGACACAUCAGUUAUUGGCAUAUGCUGAUGAUAUUGGGUGACAAUAAUAGAAACAAUAAAGAGGAACACAAGUUUUAUUGGAAGCUAGAGAAAAGGUGGUUGUCACCACAAAAUAUACAUAGUAAUUAUGAACUAAAUGGAUUUGAUGAUCCCUGGACUGUUCAAAAAACAUAGAUUUCAGAUUGACCAAACUAAGUGCUGAUCUGUUUAUAUCUUUUCCCUAUGUCUUCUAAGUCACUGGAUUCCAGCGUCAAAUGUCAGUAGAUCAAGACUCGCCAGUCACACUGGGUGUUACCCUUGCGCCAUUUCAUCAAUCAUUUCUCACAGUCCUAAAUUUCAAUGUGAGGAAUAGAGGCUAGUCUGGAUUUUAAUGCUGUUGUUCUACACAUUGAUCAUCUUUCCACCAUUCCAUGAAGAGUAUUAUCUUCCCUCAAAAUACUAUUCGAUAGUUUAUAUACGAUGAGAAAAAGCUAAUUGUAAUGAUUACUAAGAAAAACAUCUCACUUACAGAAUAAGCUGCCCUGCAAAAUCAAACAGGAAAUGAUUACCAUAAAGUUACGUAAACAUUGUGAAUAAAGGUGUCGUUGUAAUAUAUGUAUCAAACUUGCAAUAUUAAUAAAUUUGUGAUUAUUCUAAUAAAUUGGUCGGUGUAUCACAUCAAGAUGUAUAAUGCGACUGAGAGACAAAAUCAAAUUGCCUAGCUGCUAGUCUCACGUCCUGAAUACUGAUUUUUAUUAAUUAAUUCAUGUUUUUCUUUAAAUAAGACAUAUAUUGGUGUUUUUGCUGACAUCUUCCAUAAAUAGUUGUAAUUAAUGAAAUUUAAAUGAGAUUUGCAUACGGACAAAUACGAUUAUGCGUGAUUGGAAUUAUGACGCUUGCUGUACGUUUGAAAAUUGAAAUGUUGAUUUUUUGUUGGAAAGAGUAUACAAUAACCUCUGUACAAGUUCGAAGGACACAUAUUUUCUGCAUUUAUUUAUUAAUGCAGAGGAAGACUGAAAUACGCACAUUAUGGACAUUUUGUCCUGUGUUAUACAUUACUGCAAGGAAUUCAUCAGGAAAUGGCCGACCGUAAUGGAGGUUGAGAAGUGAUGGUCGGAAGAUGGUUAUUGCACGCGCAUUCAUCAAGCCGUCUUUGCAAAACAGUAUUUAGUGACUUGCCAGCCACAGUUUCAAGUUACCUGGAUCAUUAAAAUCGUGGAAAUGGCAAAAACAAUGUAAACUCGCAAGUUCACCUUCACAGCCUGACAAGUGAUUUGCUCAACAGUUCUGGCUUGCCAAGAAAUGAAAUUAGGCGUAACAUAUAAUGAUAGAGAGAUGUUGACUGAAUUCCAAAGUGGAAGGAUGAAGAUCCAGGAGCUACUUGUGUGACUUGUGCUGUUAUUUUUGCUGUCACAUCCACCCGCAGAUGGCGCCUGCUGGAACAUUACUUCUCUUCCUUUGUACAGCAUCUGCUUUGCUACGUCCAGCAUUGUUAUCUUCUGGGACUGAUGUUUCAUUCUUGGAUCGUACGUUACUGGAAAAAGACAUUGCAGCUGUUUUCAACAAGGUGGCCUAUGGUGGGGUGACCACUACAAAACGCAGCAUCUCGUCAAAAUACUUCCCUUCCUCAGGUUCCCCUACAACUGUACCUCCACCUAUCACAAGUAUAUCUGUCCCAGCAGUGCCACCAAAGAUUGUAACCCCACCCACUCCUCCGUACACAAAUAUACCAAGUCACAGAUCUCUUCAACCCAUUCCCCCGAUGCAUUCAACUACAAUCCCUCCAUUCACGCCCCCAGAGACAUUAUUCCCGCCCUCUUUUACAACUCCAACGCCUCAUGAGGUACCGUCAUACAUCCCCCCAAUACGAUCCUUCUUUACUCCGCCUCUCCCCCCGGAAUAUGCAAAUCCAUUUGCUGACAAGCCAACACUGAGGGGGAGUAAUUCUGAUGGUGCAACUUUGAAUGGUGGAAGGAUUCCAGUUCAGUCACUUCCUAAUCCUGUGUCGGGAAGGGAUCGUAUUCCUUUGAGAGCACCAGACGUUGUGCCAAAUUUAGAACAAGAUGGGAAUAGCUCUGUGUCAUCAUCGUCAGAUCGCAAGAAACCGCUUAAUACUCCGAGCUUCAGUCGAUCUCCUGAAGCUCCGUAUUCAGAACUGGAUAAAAGCCCUGGUCCCAUCAACCAGCGUCCAUCAGCUAAUGAGUCUGAUUUAGAAUUUGUUCCUAUUUUUCAUUAUCCUUCUGUUUCCCGAAUCCUUUCAGGAAGCAACGGACGCAAACCUGAAGCUCAGCCACCUCCGGAAAUUUUUCAGAAACUUAACCCUCCAGAAUCGAAACUUCCUCGUAUGCCAGAAAUGUUCCCAAAACUUGCUGUGGAUCCCUCUGUUCCAAAAACAUCAAAGAAAGAUAUCCCUCCAGAGACAGUGCCUGGGCCCGAUAUUCAAGUCCCUCAGACUAAUCCAGCAUCUGCUCAAAACCCGUCAAACUCUUUUGGUAUCAACAAAUCACAACCUCCAAACAUCCCGUCCAAUACAGAUUCAAUUAUUGACCAGCAUACAGAAGGAAAAGCAGAACAUCUUCCUGAUCCGCAGCCACAGCCACCGAAACCCAACGCCGUAUCACCCGAUACUCCAAAUCCAUCUCGAAGUUCGAUCCGAAAUAAGGCGCGUCUUGCGUGGGAUGUUCAUGUAUAUCUAAUAGCAUCUCUUUUCAUGAUCCUUACUCUUUGUUCUUUGGUGAACAUUUUUCGUGUGAAUAUCUGUAAGCGUCUUCUGUCCCGCGGCUAUUACAUCACCUUGCACAGUAUUUUGCUCAUAAUCGGCAUCGUGCGUUCUGUGUAUCUUUUCUACGACGCGUACAAUGUCAACAAUUCCUUUCCUGAACCCAUCUCUCACCUUUUACUGAAUAUUGUGUUGCCAUUGUUAACCUCAGCCUUUAUUAUACUGUUCAUAUUCCUUUUGUAUGCUUCGAAAGUACACAUUUCCAGUCUUGGCCUACAGAAGCCGUUCCUAACAGGUGUGUUUAUAACUUUGCAUAUUUUAUUGUGCAUUACAAUGGAUCUUUCAACGGGGAUAGACCCAAAUAUGACGUAUCUACCGCUCAUUUGUCAGUCAAUCUUUAUUGUAUUAUGCAUCUGUCUAGGGUUUACCUACCUCUAUGCCUACAAACAUCUCUCAAAAUCUGCAGCUGUUAGAAAACAGGAUAACAUUUUUGGAAGUGGAUUUACAAACAUUGCCAGUCCGACGUUAGCCGUCGCUGUUCGGGCUACUUUAGCAACAGCAUUAUUGAGCCUUUUAAUGGCAGCUGUUCAGUUGUAUGGAAUAUUUGGACCUUACAAUGUUGCAAGUGUGGGAAGUGACAAGACUUUUGGUUGGUUGUGGUGGGGUUAUCAAUUCUCAGUGCGUGUCAUUGAAGUGUCAAUGUGUUUUCUCUUAUCUUGGGCUGGGGUUCAGCCCCUUCGUUUGAGCGGUAUUGAAGAUGAAAAGGAAUCACAGAAUUCAGGAUUUGCCCUGUUCCGUUGUGGCCACUGUAAUAAUACCCCGCAGAGCAGCGAGGCUACCGACGACAUUUAUCCUGCUGUCUGCGUUACUAAUCAGGCCAUUCAUGACUACACAGUACGAACGGGAAAGAAAGUCUACGAUGACUCAUUUCCUUUGAACAACUUGCACAGUGGACUUCCUUUGCCAGAAUCCACAAUUAACAUUUCUACCUCUGAAAGACGCUCUUUGCGAAAGACCGGUUAUGUAUCAAGUAGUGACUCACCAUAUCCUGUUAUUGGAGGUGAUACAGUAGAAUGUCGAUCUAUGAUGAAAAAGUCCGGAACUUUUGAUGUUGAAAGACCAGAUUUUGAUUUGCCAUUUUCUGCCACAAAUGAGGUUCAAUGUUCAUUAAAGAAUUCAAGUGGUAGUGGUGGGGGAGCUUUAAUAUCGCUGAAGGGAGAUUGUGAGCGGCCAGCGGAUUCUCUCAGUGGUAGUAGUAGUACUAUGGAGAGGAGACCAUUGAAGAAAUCUGGUACCUUGGAUCCAGCUGUUGGUUUCCCAGGCAUCGGAACAUCUGAUGUGAGGCGGUCCAUCAAGAAGUCUGGAACUCUAGCAUCUUUAAGUUCUGAGCGAAGAACACCUGUUAACCAACAUAGGAGCGGUGCACAGACUUUAUGUUCCACAAGAGAGUGUUCGUCGCCUUCAAUGCUAGUUGCAGAGAAUGGUUUUGUAAGAUUCAGGGCACUUGCAGACCCAGAAGAACAGGAUGUGGAAGAUGCUGUCGGAAGAUAAAACUGAUUUUUUCAUGAAAGAUAUCGGAUCUUUGAAGCAUAACAGUUCACAUAACAAUGAAUCCAUUUCCAUGCAGUUCAUUGGCAUCAAAUUUUCUUAAAAUUGGAGUAUGUUAAUCUACGACAGGAGUUUUUAAACCGUGGCUCUGAGGCUGCAUGCAGCCGAGUGAUAUAAACUGCUCGUAUUAUGCAUGUUUAGUAUUCACAAUAAAGUUUCAUAUAAAGCAGAAUUGAUGCUUCUGGUAUUUUCAGAUUUUUUCCCAAAUGAAAACAGUGGAUGAUUUAUUAUUUAUACAGCAGACUGUACUUAGUGAUGUCUUACCUUAUUAAGAUAAAAAUGUCUUCAUAUCUUUUGUUCAUUAACCUAAUAUGGUUCUGGAAUCCACUUAAUAAAUGUGCAUGGAUCAUUUCCUAGUAAUCUAUUGCCGAUCACCGUGCUUAGUCAAACGGAUUUUCCUGUUCAGUACAAAAUUGGAAAGUCUGAUUUUGUUUCUAAAAAGCAUCCUUUUGAUAGAUAAAAGUUACGUUUGUUUUAGACUGUGCAGUCAAUUCUAUAACCAGCAGAAGUUCUGUAGGAAGAGUAAAUUUUGCUAUUCUGUCAAAUACAUGCUGUGUUUUAUAUCAACACUUGUUUCAAAUUGUUUUUUUCUGUAUUCAUGUUAGGGCAUGAAAUAAUGUGGAAACAGUAUAUUGAUGCCAACAAUCUUCUUUCACUAUGCUGAAUUAUUAGCUUCACGUGUAGUAAUGGUCUGAAAGAAAUGCUUCAAACCCUUGUAAAUACAGAUUCUUCAUAUAGUAAAAGAAUAUGGCUGUCUUCAGACUUACCGCCGCAGAAACCUAAAAUCCUGCUAUGUAAAAGAACUUGAUAUCGCAGAAUGCAGCAACAUUACGUUCCUUCGACAUGUCGCACUGACACAAAAAUAGUGUAAUUUUAAUGAUUAAAACAAAUUAAGGAACUGAAUGUGGAAUUUGUCAAUUGGGGAAAUUGUAGAAUAAAUAAAAAUUGGUGUCAUAGUAGAAAAGAUACUUUCAAAAAAAAAAUGAAGUCUCAGUUAUAUUAAUUCUACAACAAAAUAAAAUUCCAGUAUAGUUUGAGACCAUGACCUGAAUUGAAAUGGAUUCGUUUAUACGGAAAAUUUAUCUCAAGCUCUGUAACAUUUUUCAACGUAUACCACUGUUGGUUGAGCAUUAGCUUGCCUUAUCUGCUAAGAUAUUGAUGGACGUUUAAUGUCAGUAUUAUCCUGGUGUUAUGCUUAGAAGGUCAAGAAGAAUGUUUCUUUCAUGUGUGAUUUGUAUAUACUUGGUUUUCUUUUUGUAGAAUAUCUCUCUCUCCCUCCUCCCAUUUCAAGAAGAUGAUGAAACAUUUUAAGAUGGAAUAAAAUUAUGCAGCAUUUUGAAGUAAUGCCUGAGAAUUUAUCAUCAUCAAGUAAUAUUGUAAUAUGUUACAAAUACAUGUGUAAUAUGUAAUGCUCUUCAGUAUUUCUUUAUAGUUUUAACAUGUGCUGGGUAAAGAAGGUAUAAUGUAUACCAAGACAAAUAUUAAUUUUUAAUACCCAUGUUUUAUAAAUAACUUGAUCCAGUUAAAGAACAGUCAAACUUCAAGAUUUGUGUCAAAUUAAAUUUCAUACCUUGUGAUAAAUAGUGGCAUUCUGAAUUCGGGGUGUUGCAAAAUUCAAAUAAAUCUGACAGAACAGUUACAUAUUCACCCCUUUUUGUUGUUUGACAAGACUAGUGGCUCUUAAAUUUGUGUAUUCGCUGUUUUAGUUUAACUUUUUGUAGCUGAAGCUCGCCUAAAGAAUAUUUAAGAAUUCAGUCCGUACCGCAAAGAAAACAUGGCUCUGUAUAAUUACAUACUAAGCAGGGCACAUGAGUGAGAACUUCCUAAUCUUGUUUUCAUUUAUUCUAGUGAUAUGAAUGGUAAGUUUUGCAGAAUUGUCUGUGGUUCUUUAAGUACGUAUAUUACUGUCACUGUUAUUACAUCAGUCUGUGGUCGUAAAAUAUAAUAAGACUUGUAUUUUUGUCUUGGUAUACAUAAUCAGUCUUCAGUAUUUGUGGUCUGUACAGGCCUGAAAACGUGAUUAUUACAAUGGUAUUUUAAACUACAGCUUUGUUUUUGAGCAAGGUAAAUAUUUUGAAUUUGUUUUAUUUGUGUUACUGUAUCUAAUCUAUAGAAACAUUAAUACAAAUCACACUGGAAGUUGUUCAUAGGGAUGUUAAAAAAUCGAUUUUAUCUUACCUGGACAUAUUUGUGGCCAUCUGAUAGCCUAUACUGUUGUAAUAUAUAAUGACUUUUCCUUCUCUCUGUGUGAGAAUGUUUAUUUUGUUUCAGAAUAUGAUCAUUGCACUUGUGAAUUUUGUAAACAUUAAGAAACUAUAUUCUCACAAGUAAUUGAAACUUGUGUUUAUAGACGGAAUACAGAUGUGCUGUAUCAGUGGUUGGUAUGGUAGUUGUAUCCAUGGCACAACUUACUAUUGUACAUGCAAUUUGCAAAGCUCAGAUUAUUUAUAUAAGCAGUAAUUUACCUGUUCUGCGUAAUGCUACAAACACAUAUGUGACAUACACCAUAUUAAGUUAAAAUGGCAGCUUUUUAAUUUAUUCAUGAAACACAUUUUGGAAAAAGUUAACAUGUUAGUUACUGGUUCUUGUACUUGGUGUUCGUGGCUGGAAUUCUCUCUACAAAUUCAGCUUUCGAGAAUUGACCGCAAUGAAUGUUGAAAUUUUUGCCAGAACGGCUUCCAGCAUUUGACUCGGCUCAUCCCCAUUUAUCCAGUUCAAUUUCAAAUUCUCACAGUGUAUUUAAAGCUUGUUUCAAGUGUUUGGUUCCUCAUUAAUGAUCAUUUAUGCAGUAUUCUAGGUUUUUUGGAUUGGUUGAAAUUAUUUAUUUUGAUAAUAGUUCUUUUCCCUGCUGUUGCUGCUCAAAUAUGUAUUUACUACUAAAGUAAAGUAAAGCUGUCCCACUAUGAACCAUGUAGGCGCUUGGGGGGAGAGGAGGUACAGCUCCUACUCAUUCUUGAAAUCGGCACUAGAUGGAGGU